AUGUCAAUUCGACAGAGAUUAGAGGUUACAGAGGACAGCUACGACCCUCCCAUUUUCUCUUCCAUAUCUCAAGAUCAUUCUUUCACAACCAUGCUUCAAAUCCGUAAUAUUUCAGCUACGACUGUCUUGCCAGCGGUGGGGGUCUGGUUUGCACUCCACACCCCCGUACAGAGAAACACGGCGGUAUGGGCUGGCUCAAUUCGAACCUGGUCGAGAGAUCACCGGGCACAUCAUAGAUAUGUAGAUACCGACCGAGACCCCGCUGAUCUGUCCGUGGCGGUGGUAGAGACGUUCUGGAAUGACUGGAAAGGCGGCUUAAUAUAUGCUGGCAUACUUCGCGUAUUUUUCUUUCAACAAGCAACACUCUACCAUUUUCUCACCGCGCUGGUGACAUUUGGCGAAGGAUAUCAUAAUUUCCACCACAAAUUUCCCUCCAAUUACCGCAAUGGGAUUAAAUGGUACCAAUAUGAUCCAAGCAAAUGCGACCUCCAGCGGUUCUCACAGAAUACAAUUGAUAAAGAUGAGUAUCAACAACAGCAAAAACGCCUCGAUAAACAGCGUCCAUGCAUGACUUGGGUUGAUUUUCAGCACGCCGUUCAAACCCGUCAAUUCAUUAAAGCACACCCCAGAGGCGAAGUUCUGGUUCGGGCAUAUGUUGGUAAGGAUGCCACGGCGGUAUUUAAUGGAGGAAUACAUGAGCAUUCAAGGGCGGCUCAUAGUUUACUGGGCGAGUUUCGCGCUAGGAUCCUGCUGGGUGGGCAAGAACUGGAGAAAACUAGGGCUAACAAUCAUGCCGAUUCUUUAAAGUUAUGUUAAAAGCUCAUUAGAAGCACAAAAUCUUAGCCUUUACGAACCUAGUUGAUAAUUUUCGUAGAAGUGCAUUUCUAUAUGAAGCCAAAUACAUCGCUAUAAAGCAUGUAGAUGAUUCUUGUAGAAAAUAUUUGAAACCUCUCGUCAUGGGCCAGAAUAAUGAUAUGUAGAGCAUUCAACAUGUACGAAACGCCUUAGAUGAAACAGAUCCAUCCCAUAAAACGCCGCCAUCUCACAGAUGCUUAGCAAAGAAGUCUCCAAUCUCCUUGUAUCUAUAUCGCAUAUAGUCAGUAAAAGGCC